ACUUCUAAAAGCUCCGUUCCCACUACAAGAUUUGAACAAAAAUAACUUUCAUAUUCCAACAAUUUGGCGAUAACUCAGUUCUCAAAAACUGGUUCUUUUCAUCAAGAAACUGAAGCUGAUGGGGAUGGAGGAAGGGAUUAAGGAUAAUGCUGCAUCAGCUCCCAAUUCGAGACCUAGUAACCAAUUUAGGGCUCUUUUACCGAUGCGGGUGCUUCAGGUUUUCUUGCUGUUCUUUGUUUUGGUUCUUGGAAUCUCAGUCAUUAGUAUGCACAUGAUCAAGUACUUAAAUAUUCAAACUUUGGCUCCAUCCACAUUGAUGUCUCCCUAUGAUGAGAGAAUUACAUUAGAAAGCUUUAUCAAGCCUCCAGCGAGUGUUUGGCACUCCAUGAAUGACAGUGAGCUUCUUUGGCGUGCUUCGAUGGAGCCACGGAUACCUGAAUAUCCAUUUAAAAGGGUUCCUAAAAUGGCAUUCAUGUUUCUCACCAAAGGACCUUUGCCAUUUGCUCCACUUUGGGAAAGGUUUUUCAAAGGGCAUGAGGGCUUUUACUCAAUCUAUGUUCAUGCGUUGCCAGAUUAUAGAUCAGAUUUCCCAAGCUCAUCUGUGUUUUAUAGAAGACAGAUCCCAAGUCAGCCUGUGGCUUGGGGAGAGAUGAGUAUGUGUGAUGCUGAAAGGAGGCUUUUGGCUAACGCGUUGCUCGAUAUCUCUAACGAAUGGUUUGUUUUGCUAUCCGAAGCGUGCAUUCCUAUUCGCGGUUUCAACUUCGUCUACCGUUAUGUCUCCAGAUCAAGACAUAGUUUCAUGGGUUCUGUUGACGAGGAUGGUCCUUACGGGAGAGGCAGAUACAGCUAUGCAAUGGGACCAGAAGUCAGUCUAAGCGAGUGGAGAAAAGGGUCUCAGUGGUUUGAAAUUAACAGAGCACUUGCGGUUGAAAUUGUUGAAGACAUGGUUUACUAUCACAAAUUCAAAGAGUUUUGUAGACCUCCUUGUUAUGUGGAUGAACAUUACUUCCCAACAAUGCUCUCUAUUGGAUAUUCGGAUUUGCUUGCUAAUCGGACAUUGACAUGGACAGAUUGGUCAAGAGGUGGUGCUCAUCCAGCUACUUUUGGCAAAGCUGAUAUAACAGAGAGGUUCAUCAAGAAGCUUUCACGAGGUCAAGCUUGCUUCUACAAUGAUAAGCCAUCUCAAGUGUGUUAUCUUUUUGCCAGAAAGUUUUCGCCAAGCGCAUUGGAGCCUUUACUCAAACUUGCACCAAAGGUUCUUGGGUUCUAACUAAUCUAUCUUGUGUUAUUUUUGGUUCUUGGUUUUUGUUCUGAAAUGUUCUUCGUAUAGCAUGGACACAACUGAUCCUUAUUGUCUCCUUCCACAUUUAUAUCAUAGAUACUUCAAUGGCUAAAGAGAUCUUUAACUUUUCAUAUUUCAAGUCCCAAGGAAUAUCAGAAUCUUCUUGUUUCAUUGUUUAAACCCUUUCAAAACUAGAAUACUAUAGAAAUAAAUAGAACCACAAAAG